AUGGAGGGAAGAAGAGCCCCAAUAGCCAAUGGCAGUGAGCCAGCUCAGGUCAAGAUUGAUGGGAAGCGAGUCAACCUAGUAGACAGAUUGGAGUUGUACGCUGAUGUAUUCUCAAAAGAGGAUCAUAAAGAGAUUUUGGAAUGUGUCUUCCGUCUAAGAGAUUUGGGCAGGGCAGGUCUCUUACGUGAGAAAACAUAUUCUGAGCCAGAGAAAUGGAUGCGAGGAAAUGGGAGAAUUACCAUCCAAUGCGGAUGCUGUUACAACUUUGCACUUAAAGAUGGUGUUCCCCCUGAGAUACUCCAGCAUGACCAAGUGGAUCUGAUGCCCACAAUAUUAAAGAAAAUGAUAAAGAGGAUGGUUCGAUGGAGGGUGUUACCGGUGGACUGCAUCCUCAAUAGUUGUAUAAUUAACAUAUACGACCGAGGGGACUACAUUCCUCCCCACAUCGACCAUCAUGACUUUGUACAACCCUUUUCUACAGUUUCUUUCCUGCACGAGUGUGAUAUACUAUUUGGCAAAGAGAUUGUCGUAUUGGGACCUGGUGAGUUCCGAGAAUCAUUUAAGAUUCUGCUUCCAAUUGGAUCAAUAUUGGUAUUACAGAAAAAUGGUGCGGACCUGGCCAAACAUUGCAUUACUGGAGUUCCCACAAGACGGGUUUCAGUUACUUUCAGAGGAUGA